AAGAAACUACUGACCAGCUUCAUUGUUUGUUCGUGCUGCAUACCAAAAAGCUGCAGCCAACCUCCCUGUACAUCAGGUUUCUUCAAUAUCUUGUUCAGCUAUCACUACUGAUUUAUUUAGGCACACACACACACACACACACACACACACACACAAAAAAGAUAACCACAUGACAUUUUCUUGUUUUGGAUUUGAGGUGCUAAAUUAGUACAUUGCUGUCUUAAUAUUUUUUAGUCUUUUUUCAUAUCAGCAAUAUAUAAAAUCACCAUAGUAACCUGUAUUUAAAUAAAAUAAAGAACAGAAAAACAUGACGUGGGUCUAAACAAACUGCAGGUGGAGAAGUAAACCAGGGUGUGUCAGUAAUGGGAGGAUACUGACCUCAUUGAGGUGACAUAAUAAAAGGUCAAAUUUGAAAACUUGAAAAGGCCACAUGUUGCUUUGCUUCUUUUGGUUCAAUCUGACUUGAAUCUGAAGCUAUUUUAUGUUUUUUUGUGUGUGUGUGUGUGUGUGUACACGUGUGCAUGUGUUUUUAAAGCUACUUUAAUUCCCAGCCCAACUUUCCUCUAAUUAGGAACUUGGUGGUGAACCACUGUUGAUCACUGCUGCAAACUCCUGUAAGACACAUAAUCUUUUCUAGGUCAGUUUCAGUUUUCUCAUCUCAUCAAGAAAUCAAAAUCAUCUAAAUGCUCAUACUACAUGUAUAAAACUAUUUACUCAUGUUGCCACAUGUGGCAUCAUUAAAUCUGACAAACGUUUUGAUGGGCUCGGAUUGUGGCUCUCAUGGCAUAACUGUUAGACAUUUGGUUGUGACUGUUGGAGUGCACUCAACUCCGACAUACUUGGAUGAUCACUGAAGAACUUGGCAGACAGACUGACUUAUGUGAUUCAUGAAUAACUAACAAAUUUUAUGCAAACUCAUUUGAAAAGCAGCAAUGACAGAUUUUUGUUUAUCCCAUAGGUCAUAACUGGAUGAUGUCCUUAUCACCAGAUGACCAAAAAGUAAUCUUUUUUUAACACUUCCUCACACUAGUAGUUACAACCUUGUAUAUACACUACACAUGAUAAUGUCCUCAGUGUGUGUAUUAUAGACAAAUUACAAGUAGUAGUCCUUUUGAAUAGCGUGACAAGCUUCAUCAGUCCUGUAUGGUUCCAACAUUCACAUUAAUUCAGAGAAAGGUGGUUUCUAAAGUAUACAGCAGCUGAUUUGACCUCAUCAGACCUGUAUAAUCUUGUAGCAACGCUUUGAAUAGAAAUGUCCACAAAAUGUUAACAAGAUAACAUAUUUUCAGCAUGACGAAAGAUACCAUGAAAACAUCAAAUACAUGAAAUGAAAAGCAGGGCUGCUAUUCUCAGUUUUUCAUCUUGAUUCAUCUGGCCCUUAAAUUGGUGAAAAAAUGCCUGUCACAAUUUCUGAAAGUGAACAUUUGCUGGCUGUAUCCAACCAGUUGAUGUAAAACGGAUGAAAGCAUCAACCCUCAUGUUUGAGAAGGGGAAUUAGUUCGAUAUUAGUUAGAUAUGUUAUGUGUUGGUCCACUUAUGGAUUAAUCCAUUUAUCAAGUGAGACAAUGGUUGCUUUAGAAAAAAGCUACUCAAGAAAAACACCUAGAAAAGAAAAGUUCACUUCAUAAGCAAUGAAGUGUUCUGUUACUCAGUUUAGUAUACUUAAAAGUUCUGCUACUGCAGCCUCACUUGGUCUGGUAUGACCAGUGGGCUAGUUUAUGGUGGCUAAUGUUAGCUAACUUCUGAUGUUGUUAUGUCAGUAAACCAUCACUAAGCCACUUUGCCGUCUCUUCUUAGUGCUGCUGCUGUGCUACAUUUGAACAUGCCACAGAAAAACAUUUCAAUGAUUAAUCCACAAAAGCUUAUCUUAGGAGACUCUUGGAAAACGGAGGGAAAUUCAGUGAGUUAUUAUCGUGUAGCAGAUGCUUGUGGCCGCUGUUCAACUAGAGUUAUGGUCUCAUGUUACAUACCUAUAUUUAUGAAUACUUAAUAUCACUGUAAGUAAAAUGUAAGCUUCUGUUAAAGAGCCAUACCUGUAUAUUUAGUUUUAUUUUAUCUUAGCAGCAUCAGAGUGUUUCAGCUGACUGGAUUGGCAGUCUGUCACACAGACAGGAACUUGGUGCAGUGGUUGUCUGGAGGGAAAACCAUGUAGAAUGGAUGUCUGCAUCCAUGGCAACAAAAGCUGUACAUCACAUACUGUAUGCUGCCCUGCUGCAUUAUGGGGAUGUCUGCUUAAUAGGUGAUGUUUUUACAGAGCAGCUGCAGUUCUUUAUGUUACGCUGAUUAAUUAGACCACAAGCUGACCCCUGUAGCUACCACUGUGAACAUUAGCAGGUGAUAGGACUUAAUACAAAUCCUCCCGCUAUCACUUACCUGCCAUCUUCAGUUUCACAAAGAUUUGACUCUCCAAACAGAUAAUGGGACAGAUAUGAUGAAGUGAGACUGAAAAUAGAGGAGGGUUGGGUUGGUUCAUCAUUCAAUAGAUUAAUCAUGCAUGCCUAGGUUUUUUGGCCACCACCAGCUUGUUCUCAGGGGAGAGAGGGCUGCCCCUCUGUUUCCUCUCAGCUAUGGGCUCUUCUGGAAGAUGGAUGCUCUGGACCCUGUGUGCGUGUUUCACCGCUCUGGAGAAUGUUGCACUCAGGGUCACCAUGAGGGAAGCCAAUCUGGAGGUGGUUCGGGGGGAUUUUGUGGUUCUGCCUUGCUCCUUCUUCACCUCCAGCCCCCUCUCCAGACUCAACGUUAUCUGGACUAUGGCUCCCUUUUCCAGUCCAGAAACCCCAAUACAGGUGAUUGUGUAUGACCACGGACAGGUGAUUGAAGACCCCUCCCUCACUGGCAGGGUGGGUUUUACAGGUAUUCCCUGGAGUGCGGAUAUUGUCCUGAAUGACACACAAGUAUCAGAUGCUGGUAUUUACCGCUGCAUGGUCAAUAAUCCACCAGAGGCAGCAGAUCCUGGCAUAGGAGAACUGGUGCUCAGUGUUCUGGCGCCCCCUUCGCUGCCUGUGUGCCAGUGGGAUGGAGAUGUUGAUAUGGGAGGAAGUGUCACGCUGUCCUGCUCAGUGACAGAGGGCAUCCCCACUCCAGAGAUCCACUGGGAUAAACUGAAUCCAGAGGAAAUCUCACUUCCCAUCAACAUGGAGGGGGAUCUGUCUGGCUCUGUCCAAAUUGUCAAUGUGUCCUCUCAGACAUCCGGCCUGUAUCGCUGCUCUGCCACUAACCUCCUGGGAACAGAGAACUGCUACGUCAAUCUGUCCAUUUACAGCACCCCAGACAGUUCCUCAGGCAUCCUGCAGGGCGUGCUGCUGACCUUGUCUAUGAGCCUGGUGUUGCUGGCGUUGCUGGUGCUCGUGCUGUGGCUGCAUCGCACAGGGCAGGAAAGCAGGUGGGGGGAGGGGAAAGAAGAGGAAGAGGAGUGUUACAACGAGAUCCGUUACACUCCGUCUCUGAUGAAGCGCUCGUUUGUUUGAUUUCUCAACAUGUAGAUAAUGGAUUUUUACAGCCUGGCCAAUGUUCCCUGUAUACGUCACUGUUCAGCACCACAAAUUCUGAAUAAAUACCCUAGUUCUGAUA